GGGCUUCCAGUUUUCAUAUAGAGAAGGUAAUUCAUUUGUACAGUAAACUUAGCUAGCUAGGCUUAGCAAAGUCCUUGUGUAGCAGUAGAGUCACAUUUUCUCCAUUUCUUGAAUCCUGGGGUACAGUUUGCCUAACCAUUGUCAAAUUGUGUUCUUUAAUUGCCGACAAAAUUUGCAAGAAAUCUUUGUACCCACAUAAUUUAUUGCCGUCAAAAUUGUUGAUUUUCUAAAGUUAUAUAAGAACAACAUCCGCUGGCUUGUUUUCGGACAACAAAUUAACCAUCAUUUGAGCGCCUGUUUAUCCAAAGAAUAUGGCUCUUGGAUGGUGCAGAUUCUUUGGUGCUUGUAUUAUAGGAAUUGUCUUCUUUCAUGGCUUUUGCGCCUGCGAUAGAGCUCCAUAUUACUCUUUCAUGCUCAAUGCAACUUCGGCUCCAACAAUAUCAUACUACGACUACAUAAUUGUGGGUGGUGGAACCGCUGGCUGUCCAUUAGCUGCCACGCUCUCACAAAACGCUAGCGUUUUGCUCCUAGAACGCGGUGGCUCACCCUAUGGCAAUCCUAACAUUACCAACCUAGCAAAAUUUGGCGCUGCACUGUCCGAUCUCUCUCCUACCUCCCCCUCUCAACGUUUCAUUUCUGAAGAUGGCGUGAUAAAUGCUCGUGCCCGCGUACUAGGCGGUGGGAGCUGCCUAAAUGCUGGAUUCUAUACCCGUGCCUCUCUGGAAUAUAUAAGAGCUGCAGGGUGGGACGGUCGGUUGGCGAAUGAGUCGUACCAAUGGGUGGAGCGGAGAGUGGCGUUCGAGCCGCAAAUGGGGGCAUGGCAAUCGUCUGUGAGGGAUGGGCUGCUAGAGGCCGGAGUGCUGCCAAACAAUGGAUUCACAUACGAUCAUAUUAAGGGGACUAAAGUUGGUGGAACAAUAUUUGAUCGAGAUGGGAAUAGACAUACUGCUGCUGAUUUAUUGGAGUAUGCCAAUCCUGGUGGGCUUACCGUCCUUUUGCAUGCCACUGUAUACAAGAUCUUGUUUGCAACUAAAGCAGGACCAAAACCAGUGGCUCAUGGAGUGGUAUACAGAGAUGCAUCAGGGGCAAAGCACAGAGCCUACCUAAAGAGAGGGUUAAAAAACGAAAUUAUCAUAUCAUCUGGUGCCCUAGGAAGCCCACAGCUCUUGAUGUUGAGUGGAGUGGGCCCUGCACAGCAACUUCGGGCCCACAAUAUUACAGUUGUGCUGGAUCAGCCCAUGGUUGGCCAACUCAUGUCUGAUAACCCUAUGAAUGCCAUUUUCGUCCCUUCUCCUCUCCCAGUUGAGGUUUCACUUAUUCAAGUUGUUGGCAUCACUCAAUAUGGUAGCUACAUUGAAGCUGCUAGCGGUGAAAAUUUUGGUGGUUCUCCUCAAAGAGACUACGGGAUGUUCUCUCCUAAGAUUGGCCAGCUCUCAACAGUGCCACCAAAACAGAGGACCCCAGAAGCCCUGGCCAAGGCUAUUGAGCUAAUGAACAACUUGGACCAACAAGCUUUCCAAGGUGGAUUCAUUCUUGAAAAAAUUAUGGGUCCAAUUUCCACCGGUCAUUUGGAGCUAAGAACACGCCACCCUGAGGACAAUCCAUCAGUUACCUUCAACUACUUCAAAGAACCCCAGGACUUGCAAAGAUGUGUGGAGGGCAUUUCAACUAUCGAGAAAGUGAUCGAUUCCAAGCCUUUCUCUAAGUUCAGGUUUGAUUAUUUGUCAGUGCCACAGCUGCUAAACAUGACAGCAAGUGCCCCGGUAAAUCUGUUGCCUAGACAUUACAAUUCCUCACAGUCACUAGAAGAUUUCUGCAAGGACACAGUCAUGACCAUAUGGCAUUAUCAUGGAGGUUGCCAAGUUGGUAGUGUUGUUGACCAUGAUUACAAGGUUAUGGGUGUGGACGCGCUAAGGGUUAUUGAUGGGUCCACCUUCAAUUUCACUCCUGGGACUAAUCCUCAGGCCACUGUCAUGAUGCUUGGAAGGUACAUGGGAGUCAAUAUUUUGAAGGAGAGACUUGCAAGAGAAGAUUUGGCAAAUAAAUAGUAGACAAAAUAGAACAUUGGAAAGAAACAAAAAAGGCUUUUAUUGACGAUGGUACCUUAACUUAUUAGUGGUAGAAAAUACAUCUUUCCAUUUUGUAUCUCAAAUAUGUUUGGCAAGAAAGAAUGUAUAAUAUUUAAUUAAAUGAAAAUAUAAAAUAAAAUAUUUUCUAC